CAAAUCCAUUUCAAUAGAAGAAGAAGAACGUUCUAGAAUCAUCAACCAAUUCAGAAAAUUUCAGCCAUGACAGGAUCGCAAGGAGAAGAGACUAAUCAACCUAAGAUCGUUGAUCAAGAACAACCCAAAACUGUAGAAACAGAGCAUCAACCACAGCCAGGACCACAGCCACAACCAGAACCUUCUUCAUCGUCUCCGGAUCAGAAGAAAUGGGGUACUCACGUGAUGGGAGCUCCGGCAGCUCCCGUGGCUCAUCCCGAUAACCAACAGGCGGCGGCGUGGGUCGCCGGAGAUAACCAGCAAACACCGUACGUCAUCUACUCUCCUGUCGAACAUCAUCAUCCUAGUAACAAUCCUCUCGAACCCGUCAUCGGAAUGUUCCAUACCUGGAGUCGCAAGGCUGAAACUGUCGCACGUAACCUCUGGCACAAUCUGAAAACAGGGCCGUCUAUGUCGGAAACAGCGUGGGGAAAGGUUAAUCUGACGGCGAAAGCGAUAACAAAAGGAGGAUUCGAGUCGCUUUUCAUACAGAUUUUCGGAACAGAGCCAAACGAGAAGCUGAAGAAAACUUUCGCAUGUUAUCUCUCAACUACGACAGGUCCAGUUGCUGGAACUCUGUAUCUUUCGAAUGCUCGCGUCGCGUUUUGUAGCGAUCGUCCUCUAUACUUCACAGCACCUUCUGGUCAAGAAUCUUGGAGCUACUACAGGGUGGUGAUACCUUUGGGAAAUGUUGCGACGGUAAAUCCGGUGGUGGUGAAAGAGACUCCGCCGGAGAAGUAUAUUCAGGUGACGACGGUGGAUGGUCAUGACUUCUGGUUCAUGGGUUUUGUGAAUUAUGAGAAGGCUACGCAUCAUCUGCUUACCAGUGUCUCCGAUUCUCAAACCGCACACGGCUCAGUCUCGGAUUCUCAAACCGCACACGGCUCUGUGUCUGUUUAAAGCAUAUUCCUUAAUGUUUUGUACUUUGGUUUUCUUUAGUUGUGUGGUUGGUUUCUGCUGCUCAUGUUUCUCUAUGUUUAUGUAAAUUAUGUAUCAGAGCUGGACUUUUGUGAGUCUCAGAAUCUCAAUUUGUGUGUUGAUCAGAGUUGGUUUCACUGAUUUAUUGAUUUCGUCUGCAGUACUAGUUUCUAAUGGUUAUUGCGGACUUUUGAGCCGAAUUCUAUACAUUUCCGUGUUAGAGCUGUAAUUGUUUACCCCAAGCCACAAUCAAACUAUGAGUUUUAA